CCUGUUACUCCAGCUACUGUUCAAAAGUUCCGAAAUACAACAAAUCCAGCUCCUGGUGUUGAAAGAAUAUUCUACGGCAGAGCAGAUGAUCCCGAUACUGCAGCUCACUUGACACAUGGCAUAAAGUCACGUCCUUCACCCAGCGCAGCUUCACUGAUAAAUCCACUUCCUAAAUCUAAUUUUCAACAAAAAAUACAAGACAAAAAAGAAUCAAUCUACUUGAGUAAUCGCCAGGCACCCUUGGGCAAAUCACACGAUCAAUCUUCUAUGUUACCUAAGGAUUUGGAUAUAAUUAAUACUACAUUUGGAACAAAAGUCAUCAAAGAUGUUCCAGCUGGAGAGCUUAUAAAUCCACCAAAAACUUUUGAGCAAGUUGAUAAGGAAGCCAGAGAAGGACAUGGUCUGUACGUUGUGUCACACUAUGAUUAUUAUGUGGGGGAAGCAAUAAAUAGGAAGUAUGAUUCACCAAACUUCAGCAAGUCUUUUGUUUAUGGAAAAAAAACCCCGCACUUUAAAGAUGGGCGAUAUGUAUCCAAAUCCUUAAAUUGGCCUUAUGACCCUCAGUCGAAGAGAGCAGCGAAAAAUUCUAUUAAAAAAAAUUAUAAUUUUGAGGAAACAUUUGAACCUCAGCUUGGAAAAAUCCUUGAUCCUGUAGCAGAAACUCGGAAUGUUUCCCUAGACUGUACAUUUGGAACGGUAGUCCGUCGAGAUGGAUAUGGAGUUGGUGAUCUUCUUUGCUGCCGGCUUCCAUGUGCAUUCCUCCAUGGUAAAGAUAGAGAAAGAACUGUCUUGACUGCGGUUCGGCAAAGUUUGAAGAAAGAUAACUAUGAGAAUUUUGACAUGUUACUAGAAGCAUUCAGGCAUUAUGAUAAGAAUGGUGAUGGAAUGAUAGACAAGGACAACCUACGAAGGGCCAGUUUUCAGCUUAAUCUGAAUCUAGAUGAUGAGCUCCUAGAUUCCUUAUUUGACUGUUGUGAUUUGGAUAAAGAUGGUCUGAUUAAUUAUCUGGACUUUGUAAACUUUCUCAACUGGAAAGACAAAAUGGCUGUUAAAGAGUUUGAAGAAAAAAUAAUUACAAAAGGGAAAAAACCAGAUGCGUCUGUUCUACUUCAAGACAAAAACAUAAGCGAUGAGCCACUGCUGAAGCAGGAAGAUCUUGUGUUAAAACAACUGGCAAGCUCAGAGAAGACGCCAAAAAUGCUUGCAAGAUCAACGGAUCCUGUAUUUGCAAGUUAUCAGACAACUUCUUCUCAGUAUAAUGCUGUCGUAGGUGGUCUCCCAACAACCUGUUAUCCAGUGUGUGGUGUUCCAUCUAUUCGUUCAGAUAUUCCUGCUCCUCAAAUUCACCGCAUCAGUGACAGAACUAAUUAUGGUGAUCAGGCCAGUGCUUAUGCAUUAUUGUUCCCUUCUGUCUUCAGUGAAAAAGGAGUGUAUGAAAGAGAUUUUUUAAAGAGAAGGCCAAAGGCAGAGAUUGCACAAAUUCUUCACAAUAUUGGUGUGGACAUUUCAGACGAAAGGUUUGAAGAGAUAUGGAAGCAAGCCUGUAUGAAACAUCAGAAGGAGGAGGUUUGUGUAGCCAGCAUCAGGAAUGUAAUGGAUGAGAUACAUGGAUCACACACAAAACCCAGAUGCUAA